GCAGGUGGCGGGAGCUGGGGGUGGCGGUAGCUGGGGGGGGCGGGGAGGGGGAGCUGCGGCAGCAGCCAUGGGCACGGCGCUGGACAUCAAGAUCAAGCGGGCCAACAAGGUGUACCGCUGCGGGGAAAUUCUUUCGGGAGUUGUGGUCAUAACAAGUAAGGACACAGUCCAGCACCAAGGUAUCUCAUUAACAAUGGAAGGAUCAGUAAAUCUGCAGCUUAGUGCCAAAAGUGUGGGUGUCUUUGAAGCUUUCUAUAACUCCGUCAAGCCUAUUCAAAUUAUUAACAGCACUAUUGAAAUGGUAAAACCAGGGAAACUUCCCAGUGGCAAGACAGAAAUUCCUUUUGAAUUUCCAUUGCAUGUAAAGGGCAACAAGGUUCUGUAUGAGACGUAUCAUGGUGUCUUUGUUAAUAUUCAGUAUACCCUACGGUGUGAUAUGCGGCGUUCUCUGCUGGCAAAGGACUUAACCAAGACUUGUGAGUUCAUUGUCCACUCCCUGUCACAGAAAGGGAAACUGACGCCAAGCCCUGUAGACUUCACAAUUACUCCUGAAACUUUGCAGAAUGUUAAAGAGAGAGUCUCACUUCCAAAAUUUCUCAUCAGAGGUCACCUCAACUCUACAAACUGUAUCAUUACACAGCCGCUAACAGGGGAGCUGGUUGUGGAGAAUGCAGAAGCUGCAGUGAAAAGUAUUGAGCUGCAGUUAGUACGCGUGGAAACCUGUGGGUGUGCGGAAGGUUACGCCAGAGAUGCCACAGAGAUACAGAACAUUCAGAUUGCUGAUGGGGAUGUCUGCAGGGGCCUACCCAUUCCUAUAUACAUGGUGUUCCCCAGGUUGUUCACCUGCCCCACGCUGGAAACAACAAACUUCAAAGUUGAGUUUGAAGUGAACAUUGUUGUCCUUCUGCACGAUGAUCAUCUUAUCACAGAGAACUUCCCCCUGAAGCUCUGCAGGAUGUAAAUAACCAGAGGAAGAAUCACUUAAAGAAUUUAUUGAAAAAGGAUGAAAUUAUUCAGAGACCAAGUGAAACUUUUUCUUUUUUUUUUUAAACUGAAAACACAGCACUUCCUUCUCCCUGAAGAUAGUUCUUGGGCUUUCAGUCUAUAGAUCUUUCCAAAGACUCUGCUUGUCUUACAAUAGACUGUGUGGAUGUAUCUAUCUGAAGAGCCUUGUCAAGUGUCUUUUUGUCUUCAACAGCCACCUCUUCCCCCAUUUUUGGUCAACCAAAUUGUGAAAGAAUGAUUUUUGGAUAUUUCUACAGCUUGUAGAAAUCUGUAAUAAAUUUCACUGCUUAUUUCAUAAUGCAA